GGAGCAUUCCUUCCCCUUGCAAAUUUUCUGGAAAUUCCAAUUGAAUUAUAUACUUCUUGUUAAAAGUUCUGGCUCUUGAGAACACCGAUCCCCUUUGAAUUUUUCAAUGACCUUCCCUGGGAUGGGUAUGAAAGUUAACUUAAAGCUAGCAUCAAACUAUGUGUUAGUCUUGGAAUGCACCAAAUGGUUCAAGAAUGAGACCUGAAUUUCAGCUAUCUGUUUCCAAGUGUACAGAGAAGAUGGCUGAAAGCAGCAUAAGGAAUUAUUUACGCUCAAAAAUUCAGAUGCCCAUUUCAAUCCAUAUUUUCAGAUCCAUAUCUAGAUUUUUCUGUUUUUUUUUUUUUUUUGCUAGGUUCUGCAGUACACAAAUAGGAGAGAGCUCUUCCCUUCACCCUGUACGAGAGGGAGGGGGAUUCCUGAGUAUCCCAUAAUGAGCCAUAUCAUUUAUUUUUGGCCUAAAGAUCUUGUACCCUGUUUAUUCCAGUUGCAAAAAUUAUCAAUUUUCCAACUUGAUAUCCCAUUUUAUGUGAUCUUAAUAUCCCAUAUCCCUUUAAUUUUCCCCCAGAUAUCCUGUAUCCUGAAAACCCCUAAUAUCAGUGAUAGGGCCCCUUGUACUGUGUAGAGAGCAAGCCAGCAUAGUUCCACUCUAAUAUUAUUGUACAGUGUCAUAAACGAACAUGUGAUUGCCUAACACGUAUGUGAACGUAACAGUCAGCCUUUCAGCAAAUAUUUGCAGUUUAGUUGUGUAUCUUCUUGACCCCAAGGUGCCCACGCCUGUACUUCCCUACCCUACCCGUGCCCGAAACAGCGGAAGCCAAUCAGACAAGUGGCGGCGCGCCGUAACUCGGAUUUCAUAAAUAAACAAAAGAGCAUGGCGGACGGAAUGUUAUCGGUGAGCCAGAGCUUUGUACAAUCUAAACAGCAAUAUGAAAUUGUCACAGAAUCCUGUGCUGUAUACAAGAGAAGAUGGUACAUCUUAACAAUCUUCUCUCUGAUCGCUGGUGUUCAAGCGGCAGCGUGGAACACAUGGGGUCCGAUAACAGGGUCUGCCGAGGACGUGUUUGGAUGGAGCGAUGGGACGAUCGCCUUGCUUGAAAACUGGGGACCGAUCGCCUAUAUUGUAUCAUUCUUGUUUUUCUCAUGGCUGAUGGACGUCAAAGGUCUAAGGAUCUCCGUGCUAGUAACAAUUGUUCUGAUGUUUGUCGGAACAGGACUACGGUGUAUUACAUCAGAACCAAAACAAGCCACAUGGUUAAUCCACACUGGCCAAUUUCUUAUUGACCUUGCGGCACCAGUUUCUAUGGGAGCUCCUCCGUUGGUGUCAUCAACAUGGUUUCCUCCCAAUCAGAGAGCGACAGCAACAGCAAUUUCAUCAUUAACAAGUUAUGUUGGAAUAUCGAUAUCGUUUGGUGUUGGUCCUUUUGUUCUAAAUCCAUCCGAGGUGGCAGAUCCACCCACAGCUAACAGCACUAUUGUGGACAGUGUUGCUGCUGGGAGUAAUAGCACAAUGAUCAAAAUGUCUUGGGAUGAAGCUCUGUCUACUGCAAGAUGGCAUAUUAUGCUAUAUAUGUACAUUGAGUUUGGACUGGUGGCCUUGUUGUUUCUGUUUGUGUUGGUGUACUUCCCAGCUAAACCUCCUAAGCCACCCAGCUUUUCCGCUGCAAAAAAGAAAGUUGAUUACAUAGAAGGUGGAAAAAGACUUAUGAGAAACUGUCAGUUCUGGAAUUUAAACAUUCUGUAUGGAGCAACAACAGGUGUUUUCAGUGGAUGGGGUGGAGUUUUAGCUGUCAACCUGUUGUCAUUCAACUUAAAACAAGAUACUGCUGGCUGGAUUGGUUUCUAUGCCAACAUCACAGGAUGUGUUUUCGGAUUCAUCAUGGCAAGGUUCGCUGAUGUAUUUACUGGGCGCAUGAAGUUGUUUCUUAUUUUCUUAUUUCUUGGCUCUACGGGUUCUUUCCUUUGGUUUUCUCUUCUCUGUCAACAGAUCAUUCCAUUUUCACGAGUUUGGUUGUAUAUCUCAGCAAUCUUGGGUGGUUGCUUCAUCAAUGGCUCCAUCCCGCUGUUUUAUGAGCUCACUAUCGAGACAACCUAUCCUAUCGCAGAGGGGAUUCCUAUGGCUGUGGUGACGACCUCUAACCACGUGGCCUGCUUGUUGUUCUUGGGUGCCCUAAUGAUUCCAGGCAUAGGCACUCUGUGGAUGAAUUGGUGCAUGGUUGGAAUUUGUGGUGGUUGCAUUCCUCUUUUACUCCUGUUCAAAGAACAGUACUCCCGCCUUGAACUGGACGCGGCUAACAGGCACGCCAAACGCGUUGCAGUGCAAAACCUGGGCGUGGACGAACAAACACCUUUGGUGUCAUCUCUUGAUGGAGGUUAUGGCGGAGGAGACAAUGGAGUUCGAAACAGGGCUGGGUCAUCAUCUCAAUCGGAAGUGUAGAGUACCGAUUUUGUUCAGAGAAAACCUGGUUCUACAGCCGCCUUGUUAGCGCUUGCAUCUCACAUUUAUGACAACUCUUUUCUGGCACCUCAAAGGGGGGAGGGGGGGGAGGUGGGCUAUCCCUGAUAUGGGCUGUAUAGGUAUG